UAUUUGUUCUAAAGUGUUUCGUUCGUAGGCUUUUACGAACGCUUUUUACUGGGAAGAAUCCUUUUGUUUUCUUACAAAUUGUAUUCAAAGUAAAGCUUAAAUCUCAUCAAAGAAACAAAGUGAAUUUGAGUCGUUAAUCUCAACCGAAAAAUGAGUCGCGAUCUAACAAGAAGGAAGCAGUCGAAGGCUUUGUCACCGCCAGGAAGUCGAAGCAGAACUUCACCUCGCGUCGUUGAUACUUCGCCAGUUCGUUUUGAACAGCAUUUUGUUGACUCUACAGUCCCUCACGACAUAGACUCUGCCUUCUACGCCGGCCCAAAGACGGCUCCACAUCCAAGUAAUUUACCAUUACCGCCAGCACACUGGCUAACGUUUUCACAACCAAUACAAGACUUGACGCUCAUGACGAUGCAUAUAAGACAGAUGUUGAAAGUGCAAUCGUAGCUAAAAGCAUAUUUCUCUUUCUAAAUAGCCUAUAUCGUUCUUUUUUGUGGAAAUUUUGUGUAAAUCUGUAACAUAUUUUUAGCUUAGAUUCGUAAUGCGUAGAUUGUAUAAAUGUAAAUUUAGCUUUUGUAUACAUAGUCAGACAAAGACAAACCUACAUAUAUAGGCAUAGCCUGAACGACGAAUUGACAUAAAACAACAACGUAUUCUGAACGAACUUGCACAACUUGCUACUAAAUCAUCCUAAAACCAUUAGGCAACUUAGCGGGCAAAUAGGUAUAACAAACUAGGAUCUUACUCCAAAACAACGAUAUUUUCACGUACAAUCCUCUCCUGAACUGCUGGACCACUCUCAAGAAUUCAGCAAGUGCUAAAAGCAAAGAAUUUUAAAGACACUUCAUCAACAGACAUGCCACACGACAAAACCGGACUGCAACAACGAAAUCUCAAGAAGAUUAAAAGCACCUGAAAGCAGACGAGACCGAAUGAAGUUUUUGGUUCUCGCUUCUUCAAGCCAACGACCACUGGACAAGACAAACAACAACAGGCUCUUUUUAGGGCCGCCAAAUCGCUCAAAAGAAAUAAACGAAAAUUCUCGAUAAACAAGGUGUUCAAUGGGGGGUGGGUGGUUUAGACUCUCAAAAUUCCCCACUUCUCUUUACCCACAAAUACAGAUGUUGAAAAAAUGAUUGUUUAGGGGUCAGGGUUGAUAUUAAUGCAGGCAGUAUGUUUGAGAAAUUUAGUGUGAUAACCAGUUGAUUUGCCAAAUGCCAUACCUACAAAGCCAGAAGGAUGUGAAACUUGAUGUGAGGUGGAUUUGGAACUGCAAAUAUUUCGACCUGAUGCAAGGUUGUGGAUCUGAUAGUGAUUUAGCGUCAAAAUGAAGCAAGUUAACUUGAUCAUGUUGUGUGCAGUGGCAAUUGCUUUAUUAACUGAAGUGAAAUCAGAAUGCGCAAUUGUAACAGACGACGGCGAUUGUUGUGUAAUCCCAUUUACUUACAAAGGUAAAAUCUACGAGUUUUGCACAUUUAAAGACGCGAAGAUACCAUGGUGUUCACUGACUGCUGAUUAUGACAAGGACAAAAUGUACGGCGUCUGCGAAUUCAAAACUUGUCAAAUCAAAACUACAAAUGGCGAAUGUUGUGUGUUCCCAUUCACAUACGGAGGAGUUUCUUACGACGCGUGUACAAUUAGGUGGGACAAGAACGCAUGGUGUGGCACAAAGUCUUCUGUCGAUUAUCUUACAGUUGAGCCAAGAGGAUACUGCCGAUUAUAUGCCGAACCGUGUUUUAAGAACCCAUGCAAAAACAGUGGCGUUUGCCAAAGUGACAAGUCUCAAUUUUACUGCAACUGUACAAAGGGGUAUAAAGGAAAAACGUGUUCAGAGAAAGUGCUUCCAUGUGAAAGUUCGCCAUGUAAAAAUGGAGGACAGUGUGAAAAUGAUGGCGAAGAGUUUAAAUGCAACUGCCUGGAAGGAUACAAAGGAGAUGAUUGUGGCAUUGAAGCAGUGCAUCCAUGUGAAAGUUCGCCAUGUAAAAAUGGGGGACAGUGUGAGAAUGAUGGCGAAGAGUAUAAGUGUAACUGCCUGGAAGGAUACAAUGGAGAUGAUUGCGGCAUCAAAGCAGGUACCUUAGUGUCAUCGAUACUCGACCCUUGCAAUACCUCUCCGUGCCAAAAUGGAGCGAAAUGUUUUAGUGACACUGCGAAAGAAGAGAUCUACUGCAAAUGCCCUAAAGGUUUCAAAGGAGAAACGUGUGCAGAAAAAGUUGAUCCAUGCAAGCUCUCUCCCUGUGAAAAUGGUGGAACGUGUGUAAAUAAGAGUGACAAUUUCCAGUGUAAAUGUGCUAAGAAUUUUCAAGGCGACACUUGUCGAUUCAGAGUUGACCUCUGCAGCAGAACUCGGUGUGAAAACGGAGGGAAAUGCUUAAGCGACAUGCAAAACUUUGUCUUUCAUUGCCAAUGCUCUGAAGGAUUCGAAGGAGAAAAAUGUGGAGUGAGAAUCGAACCAUGCAACUCUUUUCCAUGCGAAAACGGCGGAAAAUGCGUAAAUACGGGUAAUACGUUUCGUUGUGAAUGUGCGGAACCUUAUGAAGGCGAUACAUGUCAAUCCAAAGCUAAUGGCUCGUGUAAAAAUGCAAACUGGUGGAGAAGUUUUGACAGCACUGGAUGGUCGAGAUGUCCUUCCACGUCUCCUUACAUCAAUGGUUUGUACAGAAGCAAAACUUCAUUGCCCUCCAGUGAUAGUAUACAGCUUCUGGAAGAAGCUAAGUGUUGUGAAGGCUACAAGAACCUGAAGAGUGAAUGCUUAGUGGUAGAUUGGACCAUAAGCUUUGAUAAGGAUAAGACAUGGAAUUUGUGUACAGAUGGGUACUACUUGUCAGGCCUGUAUCGUUCAUCUGGAAAUAAUUUGCACAACAUCGAGAAAGCGUGGUGUUGCAAGCCGAGAGGCGCGCCUAAUUCAUGCACGUCUUGCUACAACGAGAACGUUCGCACAAAAUUCGACUACAACAAGAAAGGGAUGGUGUCGUGCUUAAAACCUGGUCAUUAUAUAACCGGUCUAUAUUGAUCCACCUGUGAUCUCAUGUAUUGUAUCGAAGAGUUCAAAUGCUGUCAGUUGUGAUUCAUUUCCAGUUCUGCUGGUUAACGUGCGACCAAGCGUGAGUGUGAUUGCAUUGAGUCUUGCAAAUGACUUUGGCCAGAUGACUGAUGACGUUAUACAUAAGUUCAGAUUUGGUAUUCCAACGUUUUUUAAAGUAUUUGGAAUGUGAUUCGAUGGUCCCAGCAAAAGAAGUUGUUAACAUUAAUAAAUUAUAUUAAAUCUUU